AAGGUAAAGACUAAUAUCCAAUAUCCCGCCAAGUGUCCAUCUCUCAAAAUUGAAAAAAAAAUAAAGGACUUUUUUUUUUUUUAUAAAAUGACAAUCAAAACUCACACAAAACAUGAGUCUAAAUAUGAGAAACCCUACAGGAAAUUCGAAGAGUAACACUCGGAAGAAGUCUGCUUGAGCACAGACGCGCUCAAGAUCUUCUCAGAGAUCCAACUUCGGAAAUGACGGCCAAAAUGUUCCCCCCAAACCACAGUUUCGUCGGCGCCGCGGAUGACCUCCCGCCGCGGUCGGCAGUCACAGCGAUACCCGUCAACACAAGCAGUGCGGCAGUCAACGAAACGGACCAAGGGGAUGCCGUAGACAUCCUCCUGUUUGACGAGGAUUCCGAAGGGUACUACCUCUUCCACAGGCUCGAGGUGAAGGUGCCUCUGCUUGUUAUCUACACUCUGGUGUUCAUCUUCGCGUUUUUCGGCAACCUAUUGGUCGUUUUAGUAAUGGUUUUCCAUCGGCGAAUGAGAAGCCACACAAAUUUCUUCCUGACUAAUUUGGCGGUGGCAGACCUCUGCGUGGCUGUCUUCUGUAUCUACCAGAACUUCGCCAUGUACGUCAUCAAAGACUGGUAUUUCGGAGAAUUCCUGUGCCUGAUGUACCACUUCAUCAACCAGCUGAGCUACACAGCCUCAGUGAUCAUCCUUGUUGUGGUCAGUGCAGAGAGAUACUUAGCAAUCGUCGAGCCUCUGAAAGCUAAGACGAUUUUGACGAGAACAAACAUGAUAAUAACGAUGGUGUUAGUUUGGAUCAUUUCAGCUGUAUAUUCCUGCCCUAGACUCCUGUAUUUCAAAGUGCACGAAUAUCCCGUCGAGGGCGGAAGAACCGAGGCCAUGUGCAUCCUGAGAAGGGACCUUUUCGACACCAGGGUGUGGGAUGUCAUCAGCCUAGUUCUCCUGUACCUCCUUCCUCUUCUCCUGCUGUCGGUUCUCUACGCCCGUAUCGCCCACACCCUCUGGAGGUCGGGGCGCAUGCUCACUGCCGCCGCCUCGCCCUACACCAGCUCGGCAGCCGUUGCCGUCGUGUCGACGGCCGCCGAAUACGGCACUUUCAAAACGCAGCACACGGCUUCUAUGACCUCCACGUCGAGCAGUGGGGGAGGAGGAAACGACGUCAUCGACAUGCCGAGGAACCACGGGCGGAAUCACACGACCCACAUCAACAGGGGGUCCGUCAAGUCGACCCUGUCCACCUACGUCUCCAUGGGCUCCAUGAGGGACGACGGUCUGCGAGUCAACCACUUCAACUCAGACGCCAUUCCCCUGACGCCUCUCGGGCACUCGAGGUGCCUCGGCGUCGUCGAGAGUUCCUCCCUAGGGCCGACGAGGAGCCCCCGGGCGGGGAGGACCUCCCCGAGAAUCGCCAGGAGCCCGAUGCAGCUCCACCCGUCGCCUCUCGUCCUGAGAGCCCGCAGGAACGUCAUCAAGAUGCUGAUCAUGGUGGUUCUGAGCUUCGCCGGAUGCUCCCUGCCCUUCCACGCUAGGAAGAUGCUCCAGUACUACUGGAGCAACUACAACCACAAUUCUACAGCGUCCUACAUCAUGACUCCCAUCACCUUUUUGCUCAUGUAUGCUAACUCGGCCGUGAACCCCAUCCUCUACACCUUCAUGAGCCGCAAAUUCCGGACGUCCUCUCGUGACCUUUUGACCUGCAGGGUUUGGCAAGCGCGGAGGCAUCGCCAGCCACCGCCCCCGACAGUCGUGGCUAGACUCAGUGGAAGGGACAAAGUCAUCACCCACUUGUUGUAACGAUGACGCAGAGGGUCACAUAAACCAGUUCAUAGAAACAGUCUAGAGAGAGACUAUCUCUGCUGUGUCAUAUGGCAUCCACUAUACCGCCAUGCUAUUGUUGUUUCAGUGCCCAUUUGUUAUCUAGUUCAGUUGAUAUAGACCGUCGUAGAAAGAUUCGAUUCGUUUAUCUUUUGUACAGUAGUGCCAAGAAGAAGAGUUCUGUGCGGUUUCCAGAGUUCAAAUUAAGUUCAAAUGAAGACUUCCCGUGGCACAUUUUAUCACAAAUACACUAUAUAAAAUAAGAGAAGGGUAUAACUCAUCUGUGUGUGAUAGAAUUGCUCAAUGAGUUUUGUGCAGUGGAGAAUCCUAAGGUUUUUGUAAAGAAGGGUUUUGGUAUGAUUCAACUUCAGCGACAUAUUCUAUAGAAGGAGACCUCGAGUAAUUGGAAAGAAUUCGAAAUAUAAAUAUUUUCAUAUGUUUACAAAAUUUUGCUAGCUAAUUACUCUCACUAAUCUAUGAAUUCACGAGCCUUAAAGGUUCCUUUAGAUAAAAAAAAGAUAAUUUGAUUUAUCUUAUAAUGUAAAUGUUAAGCUUUCUUUUCAGACGUAACUUCGACACCCACCUUAUAACUCGUUUGAUUGUUAAGCAGAUUUAAGGUACAAUCAGUACUAAAAACAAAAGCAAACUGAUAAAUAUAUAAUUUCAUGAAUAUAUCUCUUGAUUUUAAGAGAAAAAAAAACAUUGGUUGAGUUUAUGAAAAACCUUAAUUAAGAUAAUAAAAGUGCAUAAUUUACAAAUGAUGGUAACUGAUGAACAUUUCAUAUAACAAAAAAAAUCUCCUCAAAUUCCAAAGGUAUUUUCACCAUUCAGUCUUUUACCAACAGAGAGUUCAAUAGACGGCGAGAUUGAGAAUUAAGUGAAUGGGAUUAAUAAGUUAAGUCUUUAAAUCCCUUUUUAUUUUUUUCUAAAUCCUAAUAAAAGAUAAUGUCUGACAAUGUGCAGACCAGUGUUAAAGCUGAUGAUUAACUUUAAAUGAGAUUGUCAAUAGAAAGAUGGCGGGUAGUGUUAAGGUUUUAGAAUAUAAUUUCACAACACAAAUGUCUAUGAUAAAUUAUUUCCCUCUCUUUCAAAAUAACGGGCUGGCAUGAUAAGUUAAAACUAAAGUUUUUUUUAGUGGAUAAUACUUUUCGUUCUAGUUCUGAAGAAAUUGAAUCUACCGAUGAAAACGUUCCUUUCACAAGGAAAAAAUAAGAAUAUUCUUCUUUGAAACUAUUGACACUCUAUACGCAUAUAACUGAGUAACUAAGGCAGGUAUCACUGGCUAAAUAAAUAAUGUAUUUUCAUUUUCUAUUUCAAAGAAACUCAUUAGGGUUUUUUUUAUACGGUUUCAUUGUCAUGCUUUACAUGGCACUAGGUAUUAAAUAAGUAUCGAUAAAACUAUAGAAUAUUUUUUUCGGAUCUGACGGUAUUCACAAACGAUUUCAUUGUAAAUGACAAUAUAUUUACCAGGCUUGAGAAUCUUUUUAUAUCAUUCAUAAACUGUUACACUUGCUGGGUGUUG